AUGAACGUGCGACAAUCAUCCUUCAGCUUGGCGCCUCCUGGACCUGGACUUGAAAGACGUCCUUCGGUGGUAUCGCGUUUAUCCUCCGUCUUUUCGAAUGCAGAUCAAGAAACAGGGAGUGCAGCACGGACAGGGGCUGGGCUUAUCGAGGAGGAGAUUGCCGAGAUUAAGAGAUAUGAACUGGACCAGGACUUUACAACAAUAGACUGGGUGCAAGAUGCGGCGCGAGAGCAAGCUAAGCGUAAGGCGCGAAGAAAGCAAGCGGCCGGCCUCUACGAUAAAGGACAGCCAGGCUGGCGAUAUCAGCUGUGGAGGAGUUAUGAUGCAGCGCAAGCCUGGAUCGUGGUAACAAUCAUUGGUGUUGCUAUUGGCUUGAAUGCAGCACUACUCAAUAUCAUUACAGAAUGGCUCUCCGACGUCAAGAUGGGCUACUGCGAGACAGGCUUCUAUUUAAAUGAGAACUUCUGCUGCUGGGGAGAAGAGAAUGGCUGCGAUCAGUGGCACAGAUGGACUGGCUUCGAACCUUUCAACUAUUUUAUCUAUUUUGUCUUUGCAACUCUAUUUGCUUGUGUCGCAGGCACCUUGGUUAAGUCUUUUGCACCAUAUGCUGCCGGUUCAGGUAUUUCUGAGAUCAAGUGCAUCAUUGCUGGGUUCGUUAUGAAAGGCUUCCUUGGAUGGUGGACUUUGAUCAUCAAGUCGGUAUGCCUCCCUCUAGCUAUCGCCUCUGGUUUGUCUGUUGGAAAAGAAGGCCCAAGUGUACACUACGCCGUGUGUACGGGAAAUGUGAUCUCCCGACUUUUCGACAAAUACAAACGCAACGCUUCUAAGACUAGGGAGUUUCUGAGCGCCUCGGCAGCUGCCGGUGUCGCUGUCGCCUUUGGCAGUCCUAUUGGCGGUGUGCUUUUCUCUCUUGAGGAGAUGUCGAACCAGUUUCCUCUCAAGACAUUAUGGCGAAGCUAUUUUUGUGCCCUGGUAGCGACAGCUGUUCUCGCUGCUAUGAAUCCUUUCCGAACGGGCCAACUAGUCAUGUUCCAGGUCGAGUAUAAGAACGACUGGCACUUCUUCGAGCUGCUAUUCUACGUCCUAAUUGGUAUUUUCGGAGGUCUCUACGGAGCCUUUGUGAUCAAGUGGAAUUUGCGGGUUCAGUCGUUCAGAAAGAAGUACUUGAAGGAGUAUGCAGUUCUCGAAGCGACUUUACUGGCAGCGGGAACUGCUAUUAUUGCCUACCCCAACGCCUUCUUGAGGAUAGACAUGACAGAGAGUAUGGAGAUCCUCUUCUCGGAAUGUGGGCGUGGAGAAUCGUACCAUGGUCUAUGUGAGCCUGACAAGAGAUGGUGGAACAUAAUUUCACUGUUCUUGGCGACGUUUCUAAGACUUUUCCUGGUUAUACUAUCCUAUGGAUGCAAGGUUCCCGCCGGUAUCUUCGUUCCGUCAAUGGCAAUUGGAGCGUCCUUCGGAAGAACAAUUGGAAUCCUUGUUCAAGCUAUUCACGAAGCCAAUCCCACCAGCGUCUUCUUUUCCGCAUGUAAACCUGACGAGCCUUGCAUCACACCAGGUACAUAUGCCCUGCUAGGAGCCGCUGCGGCACUCAGUGGCAUCAUGCACAUCACCAUAUCUGUGGUGGUUAUCAUGUUUGAGCUCACAGGUGCUCUGAACUAUAUUCUCCCCACCAUGAUCGUCGUUGGAGUCACCAAAGCUGUCAGCGAAUUGUUUGGCAAGGGAGGCAUCGCAGAUAGAAUGAUAUGGUUCAGUGGAAUGCCAUUCCUCGACAGUAAAGAAGAGCACAAUUUCGGAGUUCCUGUCUCAGCUGUCAUGAGAACUUCUGUUGUCUCGAUGCCCGUUCAUGGGCUUACCUUGGGUGAGGUCCAGAGCCUCCUCGCUGAUGAUCGAUACCAAGGCUUCCCCGUGGUGGAAGAUAAACACACCAAGGUACUUGUUGGUUAUAUCGGCAGAACGGAGUUGCGAUAUGCCAUUGAUAAGAUGAGUCGAACCUCACCGUUAUCAGAGACUGCAAAAUGCACAUUUGCACCAUCGUCGGCAAAUCUGUCCAGUACAUCGCUCAACAACAUCCAUAGCGACUCAUCUCACUCUUCAACUCUCGACUUUAGCCGAUAUGUUGAUGCAACACCCGUCACGGCUCACCCGAGACUACCCCUCGAGACUGUCAUGGAGCUGUUUCAAAAGAUCGGACCUCGAGUCAUAUUGAUUGAAUAUCAUGGCAAGCUCACUGGUCUCGUAACCGUCAAAGACUGUUUGAAAUACCAAUUCAAGGUCGAAGCCGCCGAGAACCCCAAGGAUGAUCAUCGUAUCGAAGAGGGGCAAGAGCAACUUUGGAACCUUUUCCAAAGAGCCGGUAAUUGGUUCUCUGGCCGAGUUUCAAGAUACUCAGGAGGCCGGAUUCGCCUGACAAGCACUUCUGGUGGUGAGCGGCCACUGGGGAGAGGGCAAAUAUUGGACGGUGACGAGGAGGUGCUCGAUGAGGGUGUCGAGCUGGAGAGUCGGCGGUAA